AUGAAGAUAUUGAAGGAUGAAUGUAGGAUGAAGGAUGAAUGUAGGAUGAAGGAUGAGUGUAGGAUGAAGGAUGAGUGUAGGAUGAAGGAUGAAUGUAGGAUGAAGGAUGAGUGUAGGAUGAAGGAUGAAUGUAGGAUGAAGGAUGAAUGUAGGAUGAAGGAUGAGUGUAGGAUGAAGGAUGAAUGUAGGAUGAAGGAUGAGUGUAGGAUGAAGGAUGAAUGUAGGAUGAAGGAUGAAUGUAGGAUGAAGGAUGAAUGUAGGAUGAAGGAUGAAUGUAGGAUGAAGGAUGAAUGUAGGAUGAAGGAUGAAUGUGAAUGA